AUGAAUAUGCGCAAUCAGGAGGAGGUUGUUCACACCGAUCUAAGCACGCGCGAUAACAAACCCAACGAUGAAGAGGACUGCGACCCUAAGUCAGAGGCCCUGGCUAAUGAGGACCCGUUUGGAAAUGAAAAUGGAGCGAAAGUCAAGUAUCAUAUUAUGAAGUGGUGGCAAUGUGGAAUGCUAAUGAUUGCUGAAAACAUCUCCCUGGGAAUUCUAUCACUCCCAUCUGCUGUCGCAACUCUUGGAAUCGUCCCGGCGCUACUUCUCAUCCUAGGUUUAUCAGGGAUAACUUGGUAUACCGGGUUCAUUCUGAACCAGUUCAAACUCCGAUACCCGCACAUCCACAGUAUGGGCGAUGCGGGUGAGCUGCUCAUGGGCCGAUUCGGGCGCGAGUUUCUAGGACUCGGGCAGCUAUUAUUCUUGACCUUCAUCAUGGCCAGCCAUCUAUUAACAUUCACGGUUGUCAUGAAUGAACUGACUGAUCAUGGGGCUUGUACAAUUGCUUUCGGAAUUGUUGGGCUAGUCAUUAGCUUCAUCGGGGCUCUCCCUCGAACUAUGGAUAAGGUUUACCUGAUCUCCAUCGCCUCAUUUGUUAGCAUUUUGACGGCGAUCAUUGUGGCCAUGAUUGCAAUCGGCAUUCAAGCCCCGACACAUGUGCCUAUCGAUAUCACCACCGACACUACCUUUGUUAAGGGAUUCUUGUCGACUACUAACAUCGUCUUUGCAUACGCUGCUCAUGUGGCUUUUUUCGGCUUCAUGUCUGAAAUGGAAGACGCUCGGGAGUUCCCCAAGUCUCUCGCUAUGAUGCAGAUUUCCCAAACCUGCCUAUAUGUGGUCACUUCAAUGGUGAUUUAUUGCUACGCAGGGCCUGAUGUUCUGUCCCCAGCUUUGAGCUCCGCCGGCCACAUUAUGAAAAAGGUUGGAUACGGACUUGCCAUUCCAACUGUCGUAUUUUCCGGAGUCGUCCUGGGUCAUGUUGCUUGCAAAUAUACCUACGUUCGCAUUUUCAGGGGCACAUCUCAUAUGCAUGAGAAAAGCCUUGUAUCAAUUGGUGCCUGGGUUUUGAUUGCGUUCAUUACAUGGACGGUCGCGUGGGUGAUCAUGGAAUCGAUUCCCGUUUUUAACGAUCUACUGAGUCUCAUUGUGAGUAUCUGCAUGAACUCCCCGAGUAUCCAGCGCUAA